UUGAAUUAAUUGAUUAAAUACUAGCAAAAACAUUGCAAUAUUGCAGAAAACUAAGAUUCACGACCAAGAGUCGCAUUGACAAGCCCCUGUUGCAGGUUGAGAGGCAAAUGGGAAAACAUUGCAUGCGUCAAAAAGCCGCCAUUGCUUAGUAGCAAAAUCAUUGAAUAAUAAUAAUAAUCGACAGUUAACGUAACCACAAGCGACGUUGAACCUGAUUCAGACAUGGAGGACACUUUCGGCGAAGACGUUCCUCAGCUGGGCGGCCGCGCAUGUGCCGUGGAAAUUAGCGACCAGAAUGUGGCGAUUUCCGAUAGCAUGAAACACAUGAUCUAUCAGGGAAUAGAGGCAAAUCCGCUGUCCGGCAAGGCCAAGGCCACUGAUGAACUGAACGCCGAGGAGGAGCAGGACAGUGACGCUAAUUCGACCCUUAGCGAUAGCAAUGAGGGGGUAAAUCCAUUUGCUUAUUCUAUGAACGAGGAGCAGCCGCCCGUUGAACAUGAAGACUCGGGAUUAGAUGGCGACGAAAAGAUGAGUCUCUACCUGCACCGCCUAUCGAUGCGUGAGGCCAUACCGAGGAGCUGUUUGACGGAUGCCGUUUUCAUGAUGGAUAAACCUGUGUCUGCAAUGACGGUGGGCCAGGAGUUGCGCCGCUUACCCAUGAACAAAGUCGCUGACUGCCAGGUCAAGAAAAAGAUUGUUGUAACCAAUGUGUACAGCCCCUUUCAGUUUUGGUUCCAAUUCGCUGAGAGCAACGAUGUGUACGAUCUGGCCGGACUGAGUUGUCAGAUUAGCGAAUUUUACAGAACGGAAGCCACGUACAUGAUGUCACAAUACCAGAAUCCAGUCGGUCGCUUUUUCCUACGUCCUGGAUACAUUUGUGCCGCCCAUUCACGGUGGGGAUUAAGGCGGGCUCGCAUUGUGUCCGCACCGCAGGAAAAUGCUACGCACGUUUCUGUGUUCUACGUGGACUAUGGACGUUUGGAGGAGAUUGCAUGCAGCGAUCUGAGGUUUUUGCCCAAAGCGUUUGCCCAUAUGCCGGCCAUGGCCGUCAGGGGUACACUCUCGCAUGUCCAUCCGCUGGGGUCCAUCUGGCCGACCGAGGUAACUGAGGAAUUCCGUCAAAUUGUUAUUUCCCACGAGACCUAUGCCCACAUCAUUGAAGAGGACCUGGAGGAGGAAAUUUACUUUAUUAAAAUCUACGAAACCAAGACCUCUACUCUGUCAAUUAACAGCUUAAUGAUUCAGCAGGAACUGGCCGGUGAAAGCGAUCAUUUUGACGAGAAUGUUAUUAAAGAGAGUUAUGGCCGCCGGCGUCGCUACCUUUGCGAGCUGCUUCCCUCCUUUGAAAUGCUCGAGACUGGUGUGUUUCCCAUGGAUGCGGAUCUGGAGCUUGAGAAUAAUUUCAAUAAAAUCGUAAAAGAAUCCGUCCGAGACUUUAGUGUUCCCAAUAUCAGUAACCCCUUUUUGCGAGACCUGGAACAGGCGCUGCUAAAAUGGAUGGAGGGCUACAAGAGGAAGGAAACCUAUUGGCGCAAGUUGUAUAGGGAAGCUAAGCUCAAAGCUAAAGAGGAGGAAAAAUUGCACGAGAAUCCAGAACGGCUACAGGCCAUAAAGAAGUUGAUGGACAAAGAUAAGCUGGAGAACGCCGAUGAGUAA